AUGGCAAUAUCAUCGUCGGAAUCGGAUUGGGCAUGGCUUCCAAAGGAACUCCUUGAUUCAAUUCUGGACAAGGUGGCAUCACCCUUUGACAGGAUCCGGUUCAGUGCCGUAUGCAAGUCAUGGGGGACGGCGGUGAAAGAGCGACAGGCGAGACGACGCCUGAAAACCCAAGUCAUUCAAACUCCAAUGUUGCUGCAGAUUCCCAACAAAGACAAUACCAAAAGAAUGCGGAAUUUAUACAGCAUCACCAAUCGAAAAAUCUCUGACGUUAACCAGCUUUCCAUGCCUUACAAUAGAAGAUGCUGCGGUUCUUCCUUUGGUUGGUUGAGCUUUGUAACCAACUCUACGUGCAUUACCCUCUUCAACCCCUUCAGAAAAGCGAAAAUCCGUCUCCCACAUAUUCUUAGAGGCUAUAGAAUUUACGGUAACAAGUACGAGCAUGCAGUCGCAAAAGUUACGUUGUCCUCGGACCCUGCUUCCUCUCCCGAGGAUUGCCUUGUUGUGGCAAUGUUUGGUGAAUAUAACGAACUGGCUUUCAUGAAAUUAGGUGAUCAAUCUUGGACUUAUGUGGAAGUUCUCGCCCUUGAUCAUCGAAGUGGGAUUGUGUCCGUUGAUGUUAAUAUCAAUAAAAAAAAGAAACUUGCGUUGGUAGAUUUGGAGUAUGCUUAUGAGACAUAUCUGGUGGAAACAUAUAGCGGAGAUUUGUCGAUGCUACGGAGGUUCUUCGAUUCUUGCCUACUUGGGGGUCAGGGUAUGACUGGUUGUUUUGAGGUGUACAAGCUUGUGCUAGAUGAUGAGAGUGGAGGGGUGGUGGAGCGGGCCUGUAUUGGGAAGAGUACAUUUACCAUUCCCGUAGCAAGCAGCAAUUUUGGAGGUGAUCCAUGUCCAGGCAUCGAUAAAACUCUAUUGGUUGAUGCAGAAUCUGCAUGA